AUGGGUCAAACUUUGGUCAUCCUGAACGCCCCUCGGUUGGCCUUUGAGCUCAUGGAGAAACGGUCGGCGAUCUAUUCGUCGCGACCUAGGCAGGUCUUUGCUGGAGAGAUGGUAGGUUGGGAGAAAUCACUCGGGCUAUCUCCCAACAAUCAUCGCUUCCGAACCUACCGCAAGAACAUGUCCCGGAUCAUCGGCUCCAAGGGAUUAGCCUCCCAGUUCAAUGCAUUGCAAGAGGCGGAAGUCGGUCACUUUCUGCUGCAUGUCCUUGCCAAGCCUAGGGACUUGCUUGAGCACAUCAGAAAAGAAGCGGGUACCGUGAUCUUGAAAAUUGCCUACGGCUACAUAGCGGAGUCCCACAAGAAAGAUCCUCUCAUCGAGAUGGCUGGUGAUGUUAUGGACAAGUUCGGCCGGGCUGGCGUUCCAGGUGCUUUCAAGGUCGAUAUAAUGCCGUUCUUGAAGCAACUCCCAGAUUGGUUUCCUGGCACUGGGUUCAAGCAGACUGCCCGCGAAUGGGGUGCUGCUUUGACUGAUGUGACGGAGAAGCCUUACGCCUUUGUCAGGCAUCAAAUGGCUCAAGGACAAAAGAACGGGUCCUUUCUAUUGCAGUUGCUGGAACAAGGAGAUUCGGAUGAGGAAGAAAAGUUUAUUAACAAGUGGUCAGCUAUGUCUUUGUAUACGGCGGGCGCGGAUACGACGGUGUCGUCGAUCUCGUGCUUCUUCCUAGCCAUGACUGUAUUUCCGGAGGUGCAGAAGAAGGCGCAAGAGGAGAUUGAUCGAGUCAUAGGAUCGGACAGGCUUCCUACCUGUGCGGACCGUGAGAAACUGCCUUACAUCGAUGCCACCGUGAAAGAAGUUCUUCGUUGGCAUCCGGUCGCACCAAUGGGCCUUCCCCAUACGAGCACGAAAGACGACGUGUGCGAGGGUUAUUUCAUUCCCAAAGGCUCCAUGUUAUUCGCCAAUGUUUGGCACUUUACCCAUGAUCCCGAAGUCUAUUUCGAUUCUAUGGCUUUCAAUCCUGAAAGGUUCCUCACCUCGAACGGCCAUGCGCCGGAACCCGACCCGCGCGAUUUUGUGUUCGGUUUCGGACGACGAAUCUGCCCCGGAAGAAACCUGGCUGAAAAUGCGUUAUUUCUCAACAUUGCACAAACACUAGCCGUUUUCAACAUCGGCAAGAGUGUCGAGAACGGCAAAGAAGUUGAGCCUGCCAUCAAAUUCGAGCCAGGUGUGGUCAGUCACCCAGCGCCUUUUGAAAACUCGAUCAAGCCGCGCUCCUCUCGCCACGAGCAACUGAUUCGGUCCAUUGAGCAAGUCUAUCCAUGGCAGAAAAGCGAUAGUGAAGUACUAGCGAACAUAAGCUCUUGAGGGCUCCGUGCGGUAUGAAUUUGAUUUCUUCUGUUUGAAAACAAGGUAUCCCAAUGAGUGUCCUGUGAAAAGUAGGUCUGGCCGAUCAGCGCUGAUGCUUUUGACCCUAUAUGAACCUUCUCUUAACAUUUAGUGAAACAUGCGGGAGCGGUAGGAAACGAAAAAGGCAAAUAGCAAAAACAUCUCAGCUGCCCCCGGAAUCGGGCUAGGGCAGCACUAGUUGAACUCUGUAAGAGCAGCUGAGAGGUUUUUUCCCUGUUUUUUUUGGUUUUGCCUAAUCAUGGGGUUGUUGGUGGCGUACGAGAACAACACAGGUAGACCACACCCAAGAUUAGAUGUUUAGGAAAAUAAGUGGGCUUAUAUACCCUUAGUGGUGUCGAGGUU